CAGCGCUGCGGCAGUUCGGGCCCCAGUGGCCGCCCCAGGAAGGCCGGAGCGCCACAGCCUUCCGCGCGCCUUCGGCCCGGACGCCCCGCCCCGGCCCGGCCCGGGUCCCCGCCCUCCGGACGGUCGGGCUCGCGCCUCCCGGUCGACUGCGGGCCGCACAGUGGGGCCCAGCACGGCCGGGCCCUCGGCAUGGCCGCGAGGGAGGAGAUGUACAGCCAGGUGGCCCCGCGCCGGAGCCGCCUGCAGCGGCCUGGCACCGUCAGGCACGGAUCCGCGCUGGACCUGCUUCUAUCCAUGGGCUUCCCGCGGGCGCGCGCACAAAAAGCUUUGGCGUCCACCGGAGGAAGAAGUGUGCAAGCCGCAUGUGACUGGCUCUUCUCCCAUGUGGGCGACCCCUUCCUGGACGACCCGCUGCCCCGGGAAUACGUGCUGUACCUGCGCCCCACGGGUCCCUUAGCCCAGAAGCUCUCCGACUUCUGGCAGCAGUCGAAGCAGAUCUGCGGAAAGAACAAGGCGCACAACAUCUUCCCCCACAUCACCCUCUGCCAGUUCUUCAUGUGCGAGGACAGCAAGGCGGAUGCUCUGGGGGAGGCCCUGCAGGCCACCGUCAGCCGCUGGAAGGGCAAGUUCUCGGUGCCGCUGCCCCUGGAGCUCUACACCUCCUCCAACUUCAUCGGGCUCUUCGUGGAGGAGGGCAGCGCCGAUGUCCUCAAGAAGUUCGCCGCUGACUUUGCCGCGGAGGCUGCAUCCAAAACCGAAGUGCACGUGGAACCUCAUAAGAAGCAGCUGCACGUAACCCUGGCUUACCACUUCCAAGCCAGCCACCUGCCCACCCUGGAGAAGCUAGCCCAGAGCAUCGAUGUCAAACUCGGGUGCGACUGGCUGGCAGCCAUAUUCUCCCGGGAUAUCCGAUUUGCUAACCAUGAGACCUUGCAGGUGAUCUACCCCUACACCCCCCAGAAUGACGACGAGCUGGAGCUGGUUCCGGGGGACUUCAUCUUCAUGUCUCCUGUGGAGCAGGCCAGCACCAGUGAGGGCUGGGUCUACGGCACCUCCCUGACCACCGGCGGUUCGGGGCUCCUGCCCGAGAACUACAUCACCAAGGCCGACGAAUGCAGCACCUGGGUGUUCCAUAGUUCUUACUCCAUCUUAAAUGCAUCAUCUUCCAACGCGCUCCCAUUUGGUGACGGCAUAUUGGACAGGCGGUCGUACGAGGACCAGGGCCUGGGGGAGAUGGCGCCCCUCACCAUCGUCUGCCAGCCCUCGCAGCCUCUGAGGGCCAGCAGUCAGCCUGGCCCCCAAAAGAGAUGUCUCUUCGUGUGUCGGCAUGGUGAGAGGAUGGACGUCGUCUUUGGGAAGUACUGGUUAUCCCAGUGCUUUGAUGCCAAAGGCCGCUACAUUCGCACCAACCUGAACAUGCCUCACAGCUUACCUCAGCGGAGCGGUGGCUUCCGGGACUACGAGAAAGACGCUCCAAUCACUGUGUUUGGGUGUAUGCAAGCAAGACUAGUGGGUGAAGCCUUAUUAGAAAGUAACGCCAUUAUUGACCAUGUCUAUUGUUCCCCAUCCCUGCGCUGUGUUCAGACUGCACACAACAUCUUGAAAGGUUUACAACAAGAAAAUCACUUGAAGAUCCGUGUAGAGCCUGGCUUAUUUGAGUGGACAAAAUGGGUCGCUGGGAACACAUUACCUGCGUGGAUGCCUCCGUCAGAGCUAGCUGCAGCCAACCUGAGUGUUGAUACAACCUACAGACCUCAUAUUCCAGUCAGCAAAUUAGUGGUUUCAGAAUCCUAUGACACUUACAUCAGUAGAAGUUUCCAAGUAACAAAAGAAAUAAUAAGUGAAUGUAAAAGUAAAGGAAAUAACAUCUUGAUUGUGGCCCAUGCAUCUUCCCUUGAAGCAUGUACCUGCCAACUUCAGGGCCUGUCACCUCAGAACUCCAAGGACUUCGUACAAAUGGUCCGAAAGAUUCCGUACUUGGGGUUUUGCUCCUGUGAAGAACUGGGAGAAACUGGAAUCUGGCAGCUGAGGGACCCACCCAUCCUUCCUCUCACCCAUGGACCCACUGGCGGCUUCAACUGGAGAGAGACCUUGCUACAAGAAUGAGCCACACCCGAGGAAGGAAACAGGCUUUGGAAAGCCUUGGGGAGACGUAUUUUUUGUGUGUUUAGUAACAGUGAAGACGUCUGCACCACGCUGCAAGCAACAGCGCAGAAUAACUUAGCCCACUCCCUUUCAUGCUUUAAAAUGCUCGUGAUGGAGCCUGUGUGCAUAGGAAAAAACUUGGCUCAGAGAUAAAGCUCAUUUUCUCUGGUCUCUUUUCUGGUUAGCAAGGCUUUCGGGACUUGUCUUCCUACGUCGAGGCACCUGCUACUGCAGAGGCUGUAGCCUUCCUUCCUCCAUGGCCCGGACUCUGAGGCUCCCGGAGGGAGGAGCCAGCCAUGGAGGGGGUGCCAGAGGAGGGCGCACAUCCAGCACCCAGCUGGAGGGACCUGAGCUGCCCCUGUGGUGGUGGGAGGUCCUCUUAACUCCAUGUUCCCGUGAGGCAGCGCCAAGCUGAAGGGUUCUUCUCAGGUUAUCAGCUAUUGGGCCCUGCAAAGAGCUGUUCUGAGGUUACACUUCGACUUCUGCCAUCGAGACGACCACCAGGGCCGGCAGCUCCGACGCUGCCCAGAGGAUGGCAGGGACCCGGAUCAAGCGUCCUGAGCCCCUGGCCACGCUCUGUGCAGAGCCACGCUCUGUGAAAGGGCAGACAAAGCACUUUUGCUCUCUGAAGCACUUGAGGAUACUCAGGAGGAAAUCAGAUAAGUGUGUGAAGUAGUCAGUUGUAGGAACAAAGAACCGAAAACCACGAAGUGGCUGACUGAUCCGUGUUGCCGCCGAAGGAGCCCAGCACUUCUGAUCGCUGUGCUGCUCCUCUUUGGCCCUUGAGUCUAUAAAGGAGGCUGACGUUCUGAAAGGAUGUGUGUGACAUACAUUAUUUGAGUGAGCAAAAAGCUCAUUCUUGUGCAAUAUGCCCAGGGGCAGGGUGUCGUCCACUCACAGGCAGUACAUGUCAGUCAUACCAGGCCAGCUACAGAGGCGCCAGCUACACGAGGGAUGUGCAAACCAAGUCAGGGACCUAGUUUAAGUGGUGCCAGUUAUGCUCGCACUCUACCUGAGCUGUCAUUUUGUUUGCUUUUCUAGGAUAAUUUAAAAUAUGUAGACAGGGCUCCUUAGAUGCAGUUAGGAGAACCACACCCUGUGGCUUCUCUUCAGACUGGAUUUAGAGGGAGUUCAUUAAAAAAAAAAAAAAAAGACAAUCAAGCCAAAACAUCAGUUAUCAGAGUCUGUUCAGCAGAUGGUGGCCAGGUGUGGUGCAGCUCACUGUGUGAGGAUGGGCGCCACACAAAGAGACAUCAGUGCAAACCGAAUCGAUAGCUACUGUAGCACUGAAGACGCUCCCAAACCAAGUGCAUGAAGCCUGGUGUAUAAAACAGGUCCAUGAGCCUGUUUGACACGGGAAUUUGAUGAUCCUUGAAACAAAGAGGGAAUGUGUGCUGAUCAGCCGGAGGAUUAGAGUGGGGGUUUUAAAGUCACUUAAAGAAAUGUGUCAUGAAUUUUACAUUUUAAGAAGCAAAUCUUGAUUUCUAGCAUUGUGCAAACAGCUUCUGAAUAUGGAAGUAACUCUAUGCUGAUACCAGUGGUUAAUAUGAAUGUUUUAAUCUUCAAAUGGUGACAUACUCAUUAAAGGGUUGUUUUUUAUCCUGGCUCUAGGA